UCAGACAAUACAUCUAAAAUGGAUGCAAGGGAUUCCCAAGAUGUGGGUGACUUAGAAACAGCAAAUCAGUUUUGUCGAUCUGCUCCAUUAAGUCGUUUGUUUUCAGACAGCAGCUUUGAUAAUGAUCAGGAAUAUCUGAUGGGGUAUCUGUGGAUUAAUUCAUCUUUUAACAAAGCUGAUAAAACAUGCAAUACUAGUGAGAUGCUACAAAACCAAGCCGGAGACAUGGCAGUUUCUUCCUUUGGUAUCGGAGGAUUUCCUUACCAGUUGCUAGUACCACAAAACAGUGACAUAUGGGGGUGGCAAGAUACAGAUGAAGAACGUGAGUCGGCCAAGGUUUCUGAAUUAAAUCCGAAUGCUAAAGUAUGGGGGAAUCACAUGUUACAUCUGGAAGCAAGUGGUGCCACUGAUGGCAGUGUGAGCAAAACCUGGGAAGAAAUACCAGACCAUCCACCAGAUUCCUGCAAAGAAGGUUUGGAGGCCAAUGGCGAUGGUGACAAGAAGCACCAGAAUGAAUCGCUAACGGAACUGCAAGAACAGUCGCUCACAGUUCCAGUAUCAGACCAAACCGAUAUGAACCCUUUGGCUUUAGAUCAUUCAGAAUAUGAAUCUCUGCACGAAAAUACUCAGACGGGAGACAAAGAACAGCUGCAGCCAGAAGGUCAAGAAGACUUGCGGGAGGUGCUUAAAAAAACACUGGAAUUCUGUUUAUCUAGAGAGAAUCUUGCCAGCGACAUGUAUCUUAUCUCUCAGAUGGACAGUGAUCAAUAUGUGCCAAUAAUGACAGUAGCUAACCUCGAUCACGUCAAGAAGCUGAGCACUGAUAUGGACUUGAUUGUUGAAGUGCUGCGAUCAUUGCCUUUAGUCCAAGUGGACGAGAAGGGUGAAAAAGUCAGGCCAAACCAGAAUCGCUGCAUUGUGAUUUUACGUGAAGUAUCCGAAUCUACUCCUAUUGAAGAGGUUGAAGCGCUCUUCAAGGGAGAUAACUUGCCUAAGUUCAUCAACUGUGAAUUUGCCUACAAUGACAACUGGUUUAUUACAUUUGAGUCAGAAGCAGAUGCACAGCAGGCUUACCGAUACCUUAGAGAGGAAGUGAAAACUUUCCAAGGAAAACCAAUUAAGGCAAGAAUAAAAGCAAAGGCGAUAGCUAUAAAUACAUUUUUGCCAAAGAAUGGAUACAGACCUCUGGAUAUGAACAUCUACACACAGCAGCGUUAUACAACAUCAUUUUACUUACCUCCAGUAUACAGCCCCCAGCAUCAGUUCCCACUCUACAGCUUAAUAGCCCCACAGACUUGGUCAACGACACACAGCUAUCUCGAUCCAUCAUUGGUAACACCGUUUCCAAACACUGGGUUUAUCAAUGGUUUCACAUCUCCUACUUUCAAGCCUACUGCUUCUCCACUGACUUCACUCAGACAAUAUACUCCCAGAAACAGGAAUCCCAGCAAAUCCCAUCUACGGCAUACGAUACCCAGUGCAGACAGAGGACCUGGACUUCUAGAGAGCCCCGCCAUAUUCAAUUUCUCUGCGGAUCGCUUAAUCAAUGGUGUCAGGAGUCCACAAACAAGGCAGCCGGGUCAAAACAGAACACGAAUGCAAACCACUUCAAGCUACACCAAGAGGGAAGUAGGGAGUGGGCGAGUAGAACCGGCGACUUCGGACUCGUCCCCGAGCUUAGGACGAGGAAGAAAAAACUCGUAUGGCUAUCGGAAGAAGAGAGAAGACAAGUUCACGAGAGGACAAACACAGUCUCCUCCUCCUCCAAAGCCUCCAUCUCCAAGCUUCGAACUGGGCUUGUCCAGUUUCCCUCCAUUGCCAGGAGCUGCUGGCAAUCUAAAGACAGAAGACCUGUUUGAAAACAGACUGUCAAGCGUGGUCGUAGGGACGACAAAGGAGCGGAGCCUCAAUGUGGAUACAAGUACAAACACUAUUCCACCAGGAAUUCCUCGCGAGCCUUUGUUGCCAGUUACUACUUCUUCUCUGCCCGGAACGAUUGAGAGGUCUCCUUCCCCAUCCCGGUCUCCUGACGACUCCAAAGCUAUGGACAAGCCGCAGAGAGAGACACAAAACACGGAAAGACUUUCUUCCACGCUUACGACCGCUUGUAAAUCAGUACAAGUCAAUGGGGCUGCCAUAGUAGAAUUGCGAAAGCCUAGUUACGCAGAGAUCUGCCAGAGGACAACGAAGGACCCGCCUCCACUGCAGCCCCAGAAAGAGCAGAAGCCAAACACUGCAGGCUGUGGGAAAGAUGAACGGAAGCCCACAGAAACUGUCGAGCGGAGCAAAGAGGCCCCUCCGGUGAAGUCAAGCCCAGGGCAGCCCAGAGACCAGAGAAGACAGUCGGGACGCCGAUCACCACCCCCUCCAGCUGCUGGGAAACGCCUCACAAAAGAACAGAGCACCCCUCCCAAAUCUCCUCAGUGAAACUAGUGCUUGGGAGGGAUUCAAACAGUUCUGCUAUCCAUGAAGUAAACCCGUGGCCACUCAGAGUACACAGAAAGAGUUGCUGGUUAGGAGCUUGCAGUGGUUGUUGAGUCUACAGGAUGCCUGCAAGGGUUUCUCCCGCCCCCCCCCCUUUGGGUUUUUUGUUUUUCCUUUUGUAAAAUAGAUUGCUCCUUCACUUUCCUCGCACCUCCGUCCCCCACCAAAUUCCCCCUUGAGCAAACAGUCUACUCUGUCAGGGUUUAAUUAAUCUAAACCUUGCGUUUAGAUUGAUGCUUAACCGGAGGUGAUGCCUAAAAUCUUUUUUCCCCCCUCUCGAUGGAAAAUACGUUUACCUGACAAAAAACAUUUUUUAUGAAGCCUUCAUAUGGCUGUGUGAAUAUAAACUUUAUCUAAUGAUUUUUUUUUCAUAAUCUCUUAAGCAGAAUUGCGCUGCUGUAGUUUUUAAAUAACUGGUCUAAAGUGCAUACCUUCUAAAAUGUCUAAAGGAUUCAUAACAGCAGCUAACACUUAGAGUGCAAGAAAAAGAAGCAUUUUACAAGACAGUAAGAUUUUUUUCCCUUUUAAAUUCUGGCUGCUGUGGCACAGCAGCAUAGAAAGCUGUGUAUUUUUUUAGUUUUAAAAAUAAAUUUGAUUCUAACAUUUUAAAGUACAACCUUUUUUGUUGUUGUUCAGCCAAAAAUGAGUCCCUUAAACAUCACCCGGGAGGCUUUUCUAGUGUUAUUUGUUGGGAUGGACAGCAAGCGAGUAACCAGCUUCUCAUUAAAUAAAAUGGUUCCUUUAAUUUCAGGAAAAAGGGGGGAAAGCACAUUGUGAAUAGAAAAUAAUUAAGUACAUAAACCCUUGUUUAUGGCAGAUUCCAGUUGAUGGCUGUGUUUCACAAGGUAGCACAACAGCACUCUUGUGAGGAGGAUCUCUAUUUAUUGCCUCUCAGCCGGAGGAAAUUAAUUUGAGUCACCACUGUCCUUUCUGGUUUACCCCUGUGCUGUGUGUAAGAUUUUUUAACUAUGCUCAAAAGUGCUCUUUGAAAGAGUUCAUAUCUUAAAUCAGCCAAAGUGCUGCCACCUUUCUGUACCUACAAACAUUGGCAUUUUGAACUUAAUUUUUUUUUUCAGUCCGUAAGAUAAUGGAGUUCUCUUUUUUUCGUGUGCAUAUGAGGGUGAAAGGAAGAGAAAGAGACCCCAUUUCCGUCUGGGGUGAGGGUUGUCACACUUAACUUUAGAAGUGACAUGCUUUCUGAAGGACGAGGAUGCACUAAAUUAGCAAGUUUCUAAUAAAGUUUGACUAUAGAUCUUUUUUGUUUUAAAAUGCCUAAAGUUUUUCUUUUUUUUUCCUUUGAGUUUUUGAAGC